AUGACACCGAGUGAAAACCACGAAAGCGCACUGCAGCCCCGGUCCAGCCGGGGCCGCCUCGGGGUGCGCAGCCGGCGCGCGGGGGCCCUCCUGGGGGCGGGCACGGAGUGCAGCCCAGGGGCGACCCCUGAACAGGGAAGCCCUCGCUUCCUCCACGCCUGGCACCCCUCACCCAUCUCAGCCAGGAUGCCAACGAGGCGCUGGGCCCCCGGCACCCAGUGCAUCACCAAGUGUGAGCACACGCGCCCCAAGCCCGGGGAGCUGGCCUUCUGCAAGGGCGACGUGGUCACCAUCCUUGAGGCCUGCGAAAACAAGAGCUGGUACCGUGCCAAGCACCACGCCAGUGGGCAGGAGGGGCUGCUGGCAGCUGGGGCGCUGCGUGAGCGCGAGGCCCUCUCGGCGGACCCCAAGCUUAGCCUCAUGCCGUGGUUCCACGGGAAGAUCUCGGGCCAGGAGGCGGUGCAGCAGCUGCAGCCGCCUGAGGACGGGCUGUUCCUGGUGCGGGAGUCGGCACGGCAUCCGGGUGACUACGUGCUGUGCGUGAGCUUCAGCCGAGACGUCAUCCACUACCGCGUGCUGCACCGCGACGGCCACCUGACUAUCGACGAGGAGGUCUGCUUCUGCAACCUCAUGGAUAUGGUGGAGUAUUACAGCAAGGACCAGGGGGCCAUCUGCACGAAGCUUGUGAGACCGAAGAGAAAGCAGGGCACCAAGUCGGCGGAGGAGGAGCUGGCCAAGGCCGGCUGGUUACUGAACCUGCAGCAUUUGACGCUGGGAGCGCAGAUCGGAGAGGGAGAGUUUGGAGCUGUCCUGCAGGGUGAGUAUCUGGGGCAGAAGGUGGCCGUGAAGAAUAUCAAAUGUGACGUAACAGCCCAGGCCUUCCUGGACGAGACGGCGGUCAUGACGAAGGUGCAGCAUAAGAACCUGGUGCGUCUACUGGGUGUGAUCCUACAUCAGGGCCUCUACAUCGUCAUGGAGCACGUGAGCAAGGGUAACCUGGUGAAUUUUCUACGGACGCGGGGCCGGGCCCUUGUGAACACCCCGCAGCUCCUGCAGUUUUCCCUGCACGUGGCCGAGGGCAUGGAAUACCUGGAGAGUAAGAAGCUGGUGCACCGCGACCUAGCCGCCCGGAACAUUCUUGUCUCAGAGGACCUGGUGGCCAAGGUCAGCGACUUUGGCCUGGCCAAAGCUGAGCGGAAGGGGCUGGACUCCAGCCGGCUGCCCGUCAAGUGGACAGCACCCGAGGCUCUCAAGCACGGGAAGUUCUCCAGCAAGUCGGAUGUCUGGAGCUUUGGGGUGCUGCUAUGGGAGGUCUUCUCAUACGGCCGGGCUCCAUACCCCAAGAUGUCACUGAAGGAGGUGUCAGAGGCCGUGGAGAAGGGGUACCGCAUGGAGCCCCCCGAAGGCUGCCCUGGGUCCAUCCAUGCCCUCAUGGGCAGCUGCUGGGAGGCUGAACCCACUCGCCGGCCGCCCUUCCGCAAACUGGCUGAGAAGCUGGCCCGGGAGCUACGCAGCGCGGGUGCUUCAGCUCCCAAUGGGGGACAGGAUACGGACGGUCCCGCCCUGCCCCGCAGCCAGGAGCCCUAA